AUGGGGAAGGAGUGGGUAGUGACGCUGGGUGUAACUAAAAAGGUGCCAUUGUCCGGCCUGACCGCUGAGAUCCUGGAGCUGGCUGGAAACGCCGCCAGAGACAACAAGAAGACCCGCAUCAUCCCCCGUCACCUGCAGCUGGCGGUGCGCAAUGAUGAGGAGCUGAACAAACUCCUGGGCCUAGUGACCAGCGCUCAGGGCGGCGUGCUGCCCAACAUCCAGGCCGUGCUGCUGCCCAAGAAGACCGAGAAACCCGCCAAAGCCAAGUAAACCGAGUGAAGUUUAUUCUCAAACCAAAGGCUCUUUUAAGAGCCACACAUUUU